UCUUAUUAUUUGGGAUUUGGGUAGAGACAGGACAUAGUUCUCACUACCUGAGACUUGUCUGCUCUUCCCUGACCCAGUCCUCUCCUGUUCUCCAGCAUGGUGGGUCUGUGGCUCCGUGGAAGCUCCUGCAUGGCAGGUCUGACAUUGAUACUGAUGGCACUGAGCCUUCCCCUGGCUUUGGCCAGGGACACCAGACCUCGCUUCUUGGAGCAGUCUACAAGUGAGUGCCAUUUCUACAACGGGACGCAGCGGGUGCGGUUCCUGGACAGAUACUUCUACAACCGGGAGGAGUAUGUGCGCUUCGACAGCGACGUGGGGGAGCACCGCGCGGUGAACGAGCUGGGGCGGCGGUCAGCCGAGUACUGGAACAGCCAGGAGGACCUCCUGGAGCGGGCUCGGGCCGCGGUGGACACCUUCUGCAGACACAACUACGGGGUUUUCCAGAGCUUCACUGUGGAGCGGAGAGUUAAGCCGAAGGUGACUGUGUAUCCCACAAAGACGCAGCCCCUGCAGCACCACAACCUCCUGGUCUGCGCUGUGAGUGGCUUCUACCCAGGUCACAUUGAAGUCAGGUGGUUCCGGAAUGGCCAGGAGGAGGAGGCUGGGGUCGUGUCCACAGGCCUGAUCCAGAAUGGAGACUGGACCUUCCAGAUCCUGGUGAUGCUGGAAGCAGUUCCUCAGAGUGGAGAGGUUUACAGCUGCCAGGUGGAGCACCCAAGCCUGAUGAGUCCUGUCACAGUGGAAUGGAGGGCACAGUCUGGAUCUGCACAAAGUAAGAUGCUGAGUGGAGUAGGGGGCUUUGUGCUGGGUCUGCUCUUCCUUGUGCUGGGGAUGUUCAUCUACCACAGGAAUCAGAAGGGACACUCUGGACUUCAGCCAACAGGACUCCUGAGCUGAAGAGAAGGUGACAACACGGCAGGAAGGACCCCAUGUCCUACCUCUCCAUGUCAUGGAAAGGCUUCCUGCCUGCUCUCCUUCUUCCACAGAGACAGUGCUUUCUCAGCACUUGGUCACUCCUGGUUCAGUGACCCCGCAGAACUUGUCCUCUCUGCUGGCUUCCUGAGACCCUGUGCCUGACCUGGAAGCCCCAGUACAGACAGCAGUCUGACCUUGUCUUCAUUCUCUCCUGACCCCAUUGUCUUCACACCUUCCUGCUUCCCAUGAGUCUGAAAUCCCUUUGUGCCACAUUGCUUUAUUACAUCUUUUUUUUUUUUUAAAAU